GUGGAAAAGUGAUUCUGUUCUCCCUCUCUCUCUCUCCUCUAUCUUUUCCCUUCUUGAUAUAGUCUUUAAUAGUUUGCAGUCCUACGGACAAAUGACGCAUAUUAUACAGCAAUAAUUUUACAUGGUCGACUUACUGAGUAGUAUCCCAUUCGCGGGUUUUCUCCUUAUCACUGCAGGUGCCUCUUUGGCCUUACAAGCUGGAUGUAAUUCGAAUUUGGCAAAACAUGGCGGUCGGACGUUUUCUCCCGUAUGGUCUUUUAUAUCGGGUCUUAUAUGCUGUUUUGUAUUCUUUGGCAUCGAUAUAGGAGCACUUGGAACGCCAUUACCGGAUAAAAGCAUUCUCGAUGCCCCUGGAUACGUUUGGAUUGGUGGUCUUAUGGGUGCAUACUAUGUCUUUGCCAACCUUAUUGCUAUACCGAAGCUAGGAGCUGCAACUUCAUUGAGCAUAUUUGUAUGCUCGCAGGUCAUUAUGGCAUGCGUGAUUGAUCAUGCCGCACUAGUCGGUGUCGAACAACGCGAUUAUACAAAGUGGCGUAUACUGGCCUCGUUUGGUCUUGUAUUUUGUGUAUAUAUCAUUUCAAGGUAUUAAACUGCAUAUAUUUCGGGGGUUUGUGUGUGUGUGCGUGUCUGAUAUCAUGAUCCUGUGUAUCAAAAAAGAGAUCAUUCAUGUGGGUCAUGCCCGGGAAAACGUUUUUGCAUGUACCUCCCUCCAACACACAUAUACAUCUUCCUCUCAUAUUACAACCUGUUUAUUGUAUACCAUGUAAUUUUAUUUUCUCGUUUCAUCCCUACUUCCACUACUACCAUACCUAAUAGAAUCCAUACAUCAUAUUCAAUUCUUAUUCCGUGAUUGUUGAUCUUAAAGUGGU